AUGAAACCUUUUGAAGUUUACUUAUUUUUAUACAAUGGAAUUCAAGUUUUAGGAUGGGGUUCAAUUCUCCUUAAAUCAAUAAAUUGGCUUUCAUCUUCUGGAACAUAUAAUGACUUAUAUAAUGACAAUGUUUUAGCUCUUCAAAUAUUUCAAACUGCUGCUAUUCUUGAAAUUGUACAUUGUGCUGUAGGAUUUGUUCGAUCACCUGUUGGUACAACAAUUAUGCAAGUAUAUUCUCGUGUAUUUGUUGUUUGGGGAAUUCUUUAUUCUGUAAAAUCAUCUCAAGAAUCUAUUGGAGUCCCAAUGCUUAUAUUUGCUUGGUCUAUUACAGAAGUUAUUAGAUAUUCAUUUUAUGCUCUUUCUUUAAUCAAAACAGUUCCAUACAUUUUAAUAUGGAUGAGAUAUACAUUUUUUAUUGUUUUAUAUCCACUUGGUGCAUCAGGAGAAUUAUUUACAAUGAUUUGUGGGCUUAAUGAAAUUUAUGAUAAAAAAAUAUUUACAUUAGAAAUGCCAAAUAGUCUGAACUUUGCUUUUAGUUACUGGUGGUAUGUUGUUAUUUUGUGUCUCUUUUAUAUUCCUGGAUUCCCAAAAAUGUAUUUCUACAUGUUUGGACAAAGAAAGAAAGUACUUAAAGUUGAUACAACAAAAAAAACAAAAUAA